AGGAGGGAGAGUGGGAGCAAAUGAUGAGGCGAAUAGAUAAUGAAGAUCGGCGGCGUGGUCGUAUACGGCGGAGCUCCACGUGGCAGCGUUGUGCCCCUGCUUCUCCGCCGCCGCAGAGUUUCCCUCCGCGUUUUUUCUUCUUCCUCCUACCCCUCCAUUUCUGACCACGUUUCUUUCGUGAAGGAUGUGGCUGUGACUCAGCCUCCUCAACAUCUUUCACAUCUCCUAAAUAUUUUGAAAACCAGAGGUGAAACUAUUGUAUCACCGGGUGCCAGGCAAGGAUUAAUACCUCUUGCCAUCCCACUGACAAAAAAUAGUUCUGGUAAUGUGACUGCACUGCUGCGGUGGCCCACGGCUCCACCCGAGAUGGAAAUGCCAGUGGUGGAAGUAAGAAAACAUGGAGUAUGGCUUUUGGCUAAGACUGUAGACCAAUUUAUACACCGAAUGAUAGUUGAGGAAGAUGCAAAGAACAGUCAGGAGAGAAAUGAAGCCGUAUUUAAUGCUUCGGCUGAUGCUGCGAAGAAACUUUACAGAACGGGCGAUUUUGCAGAGUCUGGAAUUUCUAACCUCGAUGUCUAUCUUUUGAAAAAGGUCGGUAUAUUCCCAGAUAUCAUAGAGCGCAAAGUGAUGCGGCAUUUUGAGGAAGGAGAUCAUGUUUCAGCAUUAGUAACUGGAGAAUUUUAUACCAAGAAGGAGCAUUUUCCAGGAUUUGCACGACCUUUUGCGUUCAAUGCGGAGGUUUUGCUGAGGGUUGGGCGUAAAGUAGAAGCUAAAGAUGCUGCUAGGGGAGCUUUGAAAUCACCGUGGUGGACUCUGGGUUGCAAGUAUGAGGACGUAGCUAAUAUAGCACAAUGGGAUGAUGAGCAAAUUGAGUACAUUAAAGAGAGGGUGACUGAAGAGGGAAGGCAAGAAGAUAUUAAAAAAGGAAAGGCCCCUGCACAGGUUGUGCUAGACGAAGCUGCUUUCUUGUUGGAUUUAGCUUCUGUAGAGGGAGAAUGGGAUGACUACUUAGAGCGGAUAGCCAAAUGUUACGAGGAAGCAGGACUUCCAGAUGUUGCCAAAUUUAUACUUUAUAGAGAUUGAUUUAAUUAACUGAUUUUCUUUCCAACAUGCAUCAGUGCAUGUCCAUCUUGGCAUGUCCAUUGCUUCGUAUGAAGUUUUGAAAAUAAUUAGAGGAAAAUUAUACGAUUUAUUCUGCAGGUUUUGAUAUUGUUUCCCUGAGUUUCGUUACAGUCAGUCAAUUUAACCUGAACUCCUAAGAUGCUUGUUUGUUUUUGUUUCAUUCUAUACAUGCAAAAAUAAAUGACAUUUUUUCAUUCCUAA